AAAUUUCACUUUAACGCAGAAACUUACUAAAUUCCAUCGACUUUGUCAACCACCCGGCACCAUUUAUUAUCACCACGAAUCAUACAUCGCACGAUAUUAAGGGUAUUUUAUUAGCAACGCACAAGUACACAUCUAUCACAAAGAAAAAAUGGCAACACAAGAGGAAUUCGACAAAGCCGCUGAAGAUGUCAAGAAUUUGAAAUCUACUCCAUCUGAUAACGACCUACUGGAACUGUAUGGUCUUUAUAAACAAGCAACAGUCGGCGACUGUAACACAGCUAAGCCCGGCUUUUUGGAUUUCAAAGGCAAAGCAAAAUGGGAAGCAUGGAAUGGCCGCAAGGGCAUGAGCAAUAGCGAUGCCCUUAAUGCAUACGUGCAAAAAGUCAAAUCCCUCAUUGAAACCGUCGGUUUAAAAGCUUAAAUGGAUUGGAAUUGAAUUGGAAACUAUUACAAAAUGUGUGCAAUCUAUAUACAUAGCGCUUUAUUAAAUAUUAAUUUAAAUAGAAUACUGACAUUUAUAGUGAAUGAAACAGAGAAUGUAAAGCACAAUUUUUACAUUUUACUUCUAAAGUAAUAAUAAUAAAGCACAUUCUUUUGAAUGUCAUGCACAAUGACGAAA